AUGUUUAAAAUUCUCAAUCAUUCCAUCCUAAUCUCAAUCACUCAUUUACUCUUGAUUUCCUUUUUCUAUACAUCAGCACUUCCUACUCUCAAUCAACCUUCUUCAAUACAUCUUAUUCAGUGUCCUCAUGACUUUUCACUUCGAAAUGCAGGUACUAAAGAAUCUCAAACAUUAAACCCUUCUGAACUGAAUUACAUCCAAAGUCGACGUCAAGAAGUAGUGGGUCCAGCAUAUAACACUUAUUUUCGUAACGUCAAGCACUCCUUGAAAAAAGCUACACAUGCCCAAAAGAAGAAAAACCCAGCAUCAGAUUCGAUUGCUGAUGCCCUAGGCGGUUUAUACACUACUAUAUCACAUUUGAUCGACAGUGACAGCGACACUACAUUACCCGAUUACAUCGAAAGCAUUCUCACAUCAAAUGAUCUUGACAUCUUACCUCGUACCGCCUUGGCCGCUUCUGGUGGAGGAUAUCGCGCAUCUUUGUAUUCGAGUGGUGUUCUAAAUGCAUUUGAUGGAAGAAAUAAAACUUCAAUUCAUGUUGGUACGGGUGGACUUUUGCAAGCUAGUGAUUAUCUGGUUGGUCUUAGUGGUGGUUCUUGGGUAGUCACUGCUCUCGCCCAGGCCAAUUUUCCAACUUUGUAUGAUUUAGCACUCUCAAAACAUGCUCAUCAGAAAAAAGACAAAAAUAGUCAGUUUGGUAGUUUAUUACUCCAAUAUGACCUUUUCAGUCCUGCUGAUAAUCAAACAGUUUCUGACGGGAAGGAAAUUGACGACAAGAAUAAACAAUAUGUGACCGAUGUGUUAACAAAAAUGGGUCAAAAGCUCAAAGCUGGAUUUCACGUUACCAUGGCCGACUUUUGGUCUCUAGUACUUCGUUAUCAUAUUACCAAUGGAACUACUGAAAAUAACUUUUUUGAUGACUCUCUACCACACGGUAUAGAUGUUACUUUCUCUGGCAUUCAAAAACUGUCAACCUUCCAGCGCUUUGAACAACCCUUCCCUAUUAUCACAGCUUUAGCUAUCUCACCUGGUCAAGAUGAAACACAAAAACAACCAAAGGCUUUAAUACCCUUGACCAAUACCGCUUAUGAAUUCACACCAAUAGAAUCAGGAAGUUGGGAUGAGAAUUUGGCUAGCUUUAUUCCAACAGAAUAUUUAGGAACACGUUUAAGAGGUGGAAAGUCAGAAUCUCAACAAUGUGCUCAAGGUUUCGAUCAAGCUAGUUAUCUUUCUGCCAUUUCUAGUGAUAUCUUUCCAAACCUUAAUACAUCUGAAGCUUUCUUCUUUGGUCAAAGUUCAAUUCAUACAAUUAUAAGCCUUAUCAAUACUACUUUCGAAAGUUCUCAACCUGGUAUAUCUAUCGAUACAGCUUCAGUCCCAAAUCCUUUCUUGGAGUUGGGAUCCGAUACUUACUUGGAUAAAGCUUCAACUGAGCUUCGGCUUCUUGACGGAGGUCUUGAUGGCGCUGUGACUCCCUAUCUACCAUUGCUGAUUCCAGCCCGAAAGGUAGACAUCAUCAUUGGUAUCGAUUCAAUCAGUUUGGUCAAUGACGGAACAGAAGGACCCAAUUAUGCCACUGGGGCAUCUUUACAAGCUACAUUUGCGAGAGCUCAACUUGCAUCGGGUGCUUAUAGCUUCCCUAACGUACCAAGCUCAGAAGAAGAGUUUGAAAAAUUAAGAUCUCAUCCGACUUUCUUCGGUUGCGAUGAGACCGAUUCUCCAUUAAUCGUAUGGAUUGCUAAUUCAGCUCCUUUGGACGGAUCACUUGGCAUCACCAACACAUCCAUCGACCAAAUCAAGUACUCAAACACUCAAGCCGAAGCUUUUCUUGGUGCAGCUUCUGAGAUUGCGUAUAGAGGAUUUCCAACAGAAGAAGAUGUGCAAAACCAGAACUUUCGAGAUCCACUUUGGUCUGCAUGUCUAGCUUGCGCAGUAGUUGAUAGAUCUCGAGAACGUCAAAACAUUCCACGUGAAGGUCUUUGUAGUAGAUGCUUUGAAAGAUAUUGUUGGAGCUCUUGA